AUGCUCCCCUUGAGUGGUCGAGAUAACUCAAGUGAAAAAGAUACAAGAGCACUUCAAGUAGACUUGGUGAAGUCCAAGGCCCCAAUAUAUGGCCUAGAGGAUGAGAAUAAGUCUCUUCUUGAUCGGCAUGGUUUAGGCUACACAAAUGAAUCCACCAAUAUUUCUUCCAAGAUCAUGUUUGUGUAUGGUAUCACCAACCCAUCACCCCCACAAGUAGGCACUAGCUCUAAAGUUGAUAAUAGUGGUAAGGGUAGGCAUACAAAUAGGAAAGUUCUUAAAGAAGCUAAAACCAAUUAUGAUUUGUACUAUACUCGUGGAGAAAUGCUUCUAGAGAGGUUAGGUGUGUCCAAGCAUAAUCAUGCACUAUCUUCACAUGGACCACAAGCUAGAGUGCCCAAAGCUUCUUAUACCCCCAAGAUCAAAAUAGAUCUACAUACCUUUGGGGAGAAGAGAGCUAGUCCUCCACCCAUUCCCCGACCUAACCCGGGUUUUAGGAAUGGAAAAAAGUAUGUGACUAGGGAGUACUUUGAGAAACUCAACAUAUCAACCAAGUUGGAGGUCCUGAGUGCUUCUACCAAGGUCAUGACUCUUAAGAAGUAG